AUGGAGCCCGUCAGCUUUGCUGUCGGAAUUAUAGGACUUGCAGGUCUAUUUAGUACUUGCUUGGAAGCCGUUGAAAGAUUCGAUUCGUGGAAAGACUACGAUUCCGAGUUUCGUUCUCUUGUCGCUCAAUUUAAAGCCCAAAAGCUUCGACUCGCAAAAUGGGGUGUGGCCGUGGGCCUGGAAGAUGACGAGCUCUCAUAUGUACACAACACCCUUCUUGAUGACCCAAAGAUUGAGUCGACAGUUAAAGAGCUCCUCUUGGCAAUCAAUGUUGUUUGCCAUGAUGAGGAUAAAGCGUUUUUAACACCGAUGAUGGGAAAAGACGAGAACCCUGCCAAAGACCAACUAUUCCAUCGGCAUGCUCCUCGCGAAUCAAAACGUCAGAAACUUGGAUGGGUUUUCAGAACCAAAGCUAAGCGAGUCGCCCAAGUUGAUCAUUUUUCCAAAUUGGUGGAAAGUCUUCAUAACCUGAUACCAAUCGAGGAUUCAAAGGAACACAUGGGAAGAAGACCCACUGGUGAUGAAUAUAGGCGAGAUCUACAUGCAUGGCUUUUCGGCUCUAGCUCUUCGAACGAGCUGUACGAGAUAUUUUCCGAGAGGAAAAUCGAAGGCACUUGCGAGUGGGUUUUGGGCCAGUCAUGGUUCCUCGACUGGACCUCGCCAGACUUCCCAACUGGAUGUGCCAAGAUCCUCUGGAUCAAUGGUCAUGCGGGGUUUGGGAAGUCAGUCAUAUGUGCGAGAGUUAUUGACCACGUUUCUUCCACUUCGAAGGACCCCGUUGCUCAUUUUUUCUUUUCAUCCGACUUUGAAAGCAGAAGGGACCCAUUUAUCGCAGUUAGGUCAUGGCUAUCGCAAUUGUUACAUCACCCUGUCGUCUUUUCUUUAGCCCGCGAGAGAUUUGCAACGCAACAAGGACAGAGAGCAACGCGUGGUGAUACAUUAAAGCUCCUACGUGAGCUUGUCAUAAAGAUACCCCGGUGCACAUUUGUUCUGGACGGCCUCGAUGAAUGUAGAUGGGUUGAACAGGACUAUGGCUCCAACCAUGGUGCUUCGAUCGUUGACUUUCUGGAGGCAUUGAAACAAGCAAUCGCUGGUACAUCUACUCGACUUUUGGUUGUCAGUCGUGAUGAGCCAGAAAUCCGGGCUUGUCUUGUCAACGAGUCCAGUGCCAAUGAUGCUAUUGUCAUCCAGCACAGUGUCACACCCGAGGACGUCCGACCCGAUCUUGAUAUAUUUUCUCGUUCCAUAGUGAACAAAAAGUUAUCAAUAAUGACAGAGGCAACAAAGGAGGACAUUUCUCAGAAACUGGCUGAAUGUUGUAACGGACAGUUCCUCUGGGUCCAGAUGCAGGAAAGUCAGCUGCGCGACUGGAAAAGUCCAAAACAACUCGAAAAGGCGAUCAAUUCCACUCCUCCUGGUCUUGACAAGACCUACGACCGAGAAUGGAUGGGAAUCUCGCAUCUCUCGGAGGACAAUCGAGAACGAACUAUCGCUUUACUACGAUGGGCCGCAUUUGCCCUUCGGCCGCUUUCGGUAUGUGAGAUGGCUGGGGCCUUAUUGAUCAACGCAAACUGUGAUGAGGUCAGAUUUGAAGGGGUCCCAGGCAGAAUCAACGAGAAUUAUAUCCAAACGGAAAUUAUGGCACUGUGUGGGUCAUUGAUUGAUAUCAGAAGUCCAGAGGCAGAAUGUGAACCCGGGUCGAGAACGGUACAUUUGGCGCAUUUCACUGUCAAGGAAUACUUGCUAUGCAACCUCCCAGUGCAAGGGAGACUACUACAGCUCAACUCGAGCUUGAAAUUUUCAACAGAAGGUAUGGAGAACACUUUGGCUGCCAAGAUGUGUCUUUGCUACGUGGACUGCGAAGAAGUUUGGCAAGAGACCUCCGAGGAGGGAAGGGCUCAGGUCCUCCGCUCUUUUCGGGACUAUGCCGCCACUUCAUGGUAUCAGCACGCCUCUUUCGGAAAUAUACAUGACCCGGAGCUGGUUAAAUGUGUGAAUCAGCUUUUUGAUAUCGAAAAUCCAAACUGGUCCUCGUGGAAAGAAUGGUUCGACUUGAAUGAUGUGUCACAAAAUAUAAGGUGUUUCGACAGCGAGGAAGACCCAGUCCCAUCAACUUCUGACGACGAACAAAAUGUAGGAUCUUCAAAGAGCGGAGACGAUCCAGACUUGUCGAAAUGUAAAGACAGACAAACCGCCCAAACCAUCUCCAUGAGCCCUUUAUACUACGCAACAUGGCUUGGUCUGCCUGAUACUAUGGACCUCCUCCUACAAAGCGAAAAGUGCUCCAUUGAUGAGCAAGGAAGCUUUGGACGGACCCCUUUAUCAGCAGCCUGUGAAAGAGGACACCUAGAUGCUGUCAAGAAACUCUUAGAAAAUAACGCGGACUUUGAAAUAGCCGGUGAUAAUGGGCACACUCCUCUUCACACUGCCGCGUGCAGUGGGCAUGUCGAAUUAGUAAAGCUACUUCUUGAGAAGGGCGCCAAAAUUCACAAUGGAUCUGAUGGAUCGAAAACGCCACUUUAUUGUGCCUGUUUAAACGGUCAUUAUCAGGUAGCCCAAAUGCUCCUUCAAUGGGAACCUGAACUGAUGGCCACACGUGAGGAAUGGAUACCUCUGUUUGCUGCUUCCAAAGGUGGGUUUCUAGACAUCGUCCAGCUCCUUAUUCAGAAAGGAGCAGAUGUUGGUGCCUCUGAUACCUUUAGAGAAACACCUCUCUAUAUUGCGUGCGAAAAUGGUCACAUUGAGGUUGUGCGCCUAUUGCUUGACAAAGGUGCAGAUGUUCAUCAUCGCAACCAAUUUGGGUGGACGCCAGUAAAUACCGCCUGUGAUGAAGGAUUUUCAGACAUUGCUCUCCUCCUUGUUGAGAGAGGGGCAGAUAUUAAUGUCCCGAAUGAGUCCGAUGAGACGCCUCUCUCUAGCGCUUGCUACAGAGGUCAUAUUGAGGUUGUGCGCCUAUUGCUUGAUAAGGGUGCAGAUAUCCACCAUCAAAGCCAAUCCGGAUGGACGCCAGUAAAUAACGCGUCUAGGGGAGGAUUUUUGGACAUUGUUCAGCUUCUUAAUGAGAGAGGGGCAGAUAUCGAAGUCCAGAAUGAGUCUGGUGAGACGCCUCUCUCUAGCGCUUGUUACAGAGGUCAUAUUGAGGUUGUGCGCCUAUUGCUUGAUAAGGGUGCAGAUGUCCACCAUCAAAGCCAAUCCGGAUGGACGCCAGUAAAGGACGCGUCUACGGCAGGAUUUCUAGACAUUGUUCAGCUCCUUAUUCAGAAAGGAGCAGACAUUGAUACCCCUGAUCAUUUCGGAGAAACACCUCUUUAUGCUGCUUGCGAAAGUGGUCAUACUGAUAUUGUGCGCCUAUUGCUUGAAAAAGGUGCAGAUGUUCACCAUGCGAACCAUAAAGAAUGGACCGCGGUACAUAUCACCUCACACAGGGGGUUUUUAAACAUUCUUCUGCUUCUUAUUGAUAGAGCGGCAGAUAUUAACGCCCAGAGUAAGGAUGGGGAGACGGCCCUCCUUCGCGCUUCCUACAAUGGUCACAUUGAAGUUGUCAAAAGUCUCAUUGAAAAGGGAGCAGACCUUGAAAUUGCGAAUAGAUAUGGCUUGAAACCGCUGACCGUUGCUGCUGAGAAAGGCUUUUUGGAUGUCAUUACUCUGCUACUCGAGGAGGGAGCAAUAAUUGAAGGUGCGGACAAGAACGGCGAGAAACCCCUACAUGUGGCUGCAUCGAACGGUUCACUGGACAUCACCAAUAUGUUGCUCGAGAAUGGAGCAAACAUUACUAGCGUGACCAAAAGUGGUCUCACGCCUCUACAUUUUGCAUCAUAUGUUAACUCAUUGGACGUUGUUAAUCUCUUGCUUGACAAAGGAGCGGAUAUUGAAAGCGUGGACGUGUAUAUGGGGACUCCUCUACAUAUAGCUUCAGUUUCUGGGAAUCUGGACGUUGUUAAUCUGCUGCUAGACAGGGGCGCGGCUAUCAACAGCGUGGCGGAAGGUGGUGUCACGCCUUUACAUUUUGCAUUAUAUGGUAACUCAUUGGACGUUGUUAAUCUCUUGCUUGACAAAGGAGCGGAUACCGAAAUCGUGGACGCGCAUAUGGGGACUCCGCUACAUAUAGCUUCAGUUUCUGGGAAUCUGGACGUUGUUAAUCUGCUGCUAGAGAAGGGCGCGGCCACCGAGAACGGGAAUUUCGAUGACAGAACGCUCUUACACUAUGUGUCACCACAUGGUCAACUGGAAGUCAUCAACAAUUUCCUUUAUUCUAAAAAGCUCAGGAUUGACAUUCGGGUUGAAAAAGGCUGCACGCCAAUCUUCUAUGUUGUCGCACAAGGCCCCAGCAAGAUGGUGAAACUUCUUCUUCUGCGUCUUCAUGCAAAUGCAAAGGAUCGAUAUAGUGUGAUGCGACUAUUAGCCGCUGCGAGAAACGGUUUUGAAGAGGCCAUCGAACAGUUGAUCACGCUAGCAGGGGGGCAGUCAAACCUGGAUGGACAUGGUCGAGACUUGAUCUGGUGGGCGAUAGGAAUUGGGCGCGGUCGGAUUCUUGGUUUGAUACACCAGCGGUGCUACACAGAAAGCUUUGGUGCUCGAAUCCCUCAAGCUGGUGAUGAUAAGCUAUGGUCUUUGGUCAAUUUGGAUCUGGGGCGGAUUUGCGAUGUGUGCACUCGGCCGAUGCUGAUUAAUACUUCAUAUCACCGAUGUGAAGGCUGCAACAAUUUCAACAUUUGCUUAGAGUGUGUGGGAUUCAAAGUCAAAUGUCUGGAUACUGUUCAUGAAUGGUCCUCUAGUGGGCCCGAUGGUUUUGGGGAGGACAGGAAGGAUGGGAAGAAUGACCGGAAGGACGACACGAUGGACGAGAAUGGGGAUUGCAACUGA